AUGCCUUUCGCACAAUUGGUGAUAGGGCCGCCUGGCUCUGGAAAGUCGACAUACUGCGACGGAAUGCACCAGUUCAUGACGGCCAUCGAGCGCAAGUGCUCUGUAGUGAAUCUCGAUCCCGCAAACGACCGUACUUCAUAUCCAUGCGCCCUUGAUGUCAGAGAUCUGGUGACAAUAGACGAAAUAAUGGAGCAGGAGGACCUGGGCCCGAAUGGAGGUGUGCUUUACGCCUUGGAGGAGCUCGAACAUAACUUCGAGUGGCUAGAGGAGGGAUUGAAGGCGCUCGGAGAUGAUUAUAUUCUCUUUGACUGCCCUGGACAAGUAGAACUGUUCACACACCACUCCUCCCUACGCAAUAUAUUCUUCCGCCUCCAAAAACUCGGGUAUAGAUUAGUGGUCGUACACCUGACCGACUCGAUCGUAAUAUCAAGGCCUUCAUUAUACGUAUCAUCACUACUGCUAGCAUUGCGCAGUAUGCUGCAGAUGGACCUUCCGCAUCUGAACGUCCUUACAAAGAUUGACAAUCUGAAGAACUUCCCAGACCUGCCCUUCAACCUGGAUUUCUAUACAGAGGUACAGGAUUUGAAUUACCUGUUACCUUAUCUGAAUAAGGAGCAAACGUCCGGCAUACCAGGUCCGCGCACGACGAAGACGUCGAGGGAAGAGGACGAUGACAUGGACGCGGAUCAGCCGACGUCCAAAUAUGCGGCACUCAAUCAAGCUAUUGUGGAGCUGGUGGAAGACUUCGCACUCGUCGGCUUUGAGACAUUGGCCGUGGAGGACAAGAAGAGCAUGUUGACGUUAUUGCGUGCCAUAGAUCGUGCAGGAGGAUAUGCUUUUGGAGGGAUCGAAGGAGCGAACGACACUGUGUGGCAAAUGGCCAUGAGAUCGGAUGCUGUGACCAUGGAUGCAAGAGAUGUGCAAGAGCGGUGGUUGGAUCGGAGAGAAGAGAUGGAUGAGGAGGAAAGGAAGGAGUGGGAGAAGGAGGCGGGAAUUUCGCCGGCUGCGCAACCGGUUCCCAGUGCUGCCAAUGUCUCAAACCUGGUUGAGAGACCUUCGAAGCAACCGGAGGAUCCGCGGUCUGAACAGACAAGACCAGAAGCGGCGGGAGAUGACGAAGAUAUGGAAGAUCUCGAAGAGAUGCGCAAGUUCAUGGAAAGUAAACAGAAAGACAGCGGGAUCAAGGUCGUUCGCAGAUAG